AUGAAACCGAUCCUCACGGCCCUGGGUGCCCUGCCGCUGGCAGCCCUUGCCACUUCUGGCUCUGUAUCAAACCAGGCGGUACUCUCCGGUGCUGAUGCUGGUACUGCCGACGACCAGGUCGCUGUGCGUACUCCCAUGGGAAUCAUCAUCGGAUCCGUCACCACGGUGGAAAACUUCAACGGAAUCCCCUACGCCGAGCCCCCGCGUCCAAAGGGCACGGAACCCGGCGACAACCUGCCGGUGCUCUUUUACAUCUUUGGCGGCGGCUUCAUGUUUGGCGCCACCAGCGCCAACAACGCCGAGGACUUUAUCCAGUUCGCCGAGGGCAAGGACAAGGGCUUCGUCUUUGUCGGGGUCAACUAUCGUGUCGGCGGGUUCGGGUUCCUGGGCGGCUCGGAGAUUCUGGAGGACGGCAGCGCCAACCUCGGGCUCCUCGACCAGCGCAUGGGUCUGGAAUGGGUGGCGGACAAUAUUGCAUAUUUCGGCGGCGAUCCAGAAAGAGUCACGCUGUGGGGCCAGUCUGCCGGUUCCAUCUCCGUCUUUGACCAGAUGGCCCUCUACGACGGCGACGCGACGUACAAGGGCCGGCCGCUCUUCCAGGCCGCCAUCAUGAACUCGGGAAGCGUCAUCCCCACGGAGCGGGUGGACUCGAGCAAGGCGCAGCGCAUCUUUGACGCGGUGGCCAGCAAGGCCGACUGCCGGGGUGCCAGCAGCACCAAGCUGGCCUGUCUUCGGUCGCUGGACUUUGAGGACUUUUACCACGCCGUCAACUCGGCCCCCCGCAUCCUCGACUACUCCUCGCUGGCGCUCUCGUACCUGCCCCGGCCGGACGGGGUCAUCCUGACCGACAGUCCGGAAGUGCUCGCCAAGAAGGGCAGGUACCACGCCGUCCCCGUCAUCAUAGGCGACCAGGAAGACGAGGGGACCUUGUUCUCGUUUGCGCAAAAGGAUCUCAACUCGACAGAGGCCCUGGUCGGCUACCUCGAGGACUACUUUUUCGCAAACGCCACACGCGAGCAGGUCGAGGGCCUGGUGGCUACGUACGGCGACAACUCGGAAGCCGGGAGUCCUUUUCGCACGGCGCUCCUGUACGAGUGGUACGAGGCUGAGUAUAAGGCCGGCAAGGGCUUUAAGCGCGUGGCGGCCCUGCUCGGCGACGUGGUGUUUACGCUUUCGCGACGACUUGCCGUCGAAGGCAUGGUGCGGUCCAACCCCAAGGUCCCCGUGUGGUCCUAUAUCAACUCGUACGCCUACGGCCUGGUGCCGUACUAUGGCACCCCCCACGGCUCAGACGUGAGGAUGAUGUUCAAGGGCACGGGCAACCCCGCCCAGUCUUCCAGGACGUAUUACCUCAACCUGAUGUACCAUCUGGAUCCUAAUGUCGACCGUGGAAUCUACAAAGAGUGGCCGACGUGGACCACAGAAGAGAGGAAACUGCUGCACAUCAAUCUGGGUGUGAAUGAAAUAAUUGAGGACGACUUUAGACAGGAGAGCUACGAAUACCUUGCGAAGCAUGCGCAGGUGCUGCAUUUUUAA